UGAACACAUCUCAGUUAUUAUUAUUUUGCAAUUUCCUGGAUACGAUCAAUAAUAUUCCUUUCUUUUUUUUUUUUUCUGAUAAAAAGAGGUUGUCUUUCUAGAAAAAGAAUUAAGGAGGAAGGGCCAGAAACCCAGAAUUAAUGGACUGAAAAGAACCGAAAAAAUCGAAAGCCCCAAUCUCACAGCUCAGAAAUGUCGGUUAAUCUCAGAUUUAUUUUCUUUCUUUUAUUAUUUAAACGGAAAAUAAAAAAGAGAAAAACCCGGAAGUAUAUAUUAUGUAGUGCAGUAAAACAAAAGAGAAAAAAGGGGUACGGGUAGUUGAAAAAGUUUGGGUAAUCAAAUAGGAGCGAAGGUGAAGAAGCACUAAAAAAACUGUUCUGAAUUGUAAUUCAGCUGAAAUUGAACAACAAUGGCUACCUCAAAGAAACUGAUUUCCAGGGAAGAGUGGGAGAAGAGGUUGAAUAAUGUUAAAAUCAGGAAAGAAGAUAUGAAUAAAUUGGUGAUGAAUUUUCUUGUUACCGAGGGUUAUGUUGAAGCUGCUAAGAAAUUCCGAAUGGAAUCUGGAACUCACCAUAUCGAUCUUGCAACAAUCACGGAUCGCAUGGCUGUUAAAAAGGCUGCGCAAUGUGGAAAUGUUGAGGAUGCCAUCGAGAAAAUUAAUGAUUUAAAUCCCGAGAUACUGGAUACAAAUCCGCAACUCUUUUUUCAACUCCAACAGCAGAGAUUGAUAGAAUUAAUUCGGAAUGGAAAAGUAGAAGAAGCCCUGGAGUUUGCUCAAGAGGAUCUUGCUCCUAGGGCAGAAGAAAAUCAAAGCUUUUUAGAAGAGUUGGAGAGGACCAUUUCACUCCUGGCAUUUGAAGAUACUUCAAACUGCCCAGUUGGAGAGCUUUUGGACAUAUCACAGCGCCUUAAGACAGCGAGCGAGGUGAAUGCUGCCGUACUUACUAGCCAAAGUCAUGAAAAAGACCCAAAGCUUCCAAGCUUGCUAAAGAUGCUGAUAUGGGCUCAGAAUAAACUUGAUAAGAAAGCUGCUUAUCCCUGCAUAAAUGAUUUAUCAAAUGCCAGAAUUGAAGACCCCACUUUUUGAAAGAAUUGCAAGUUAUUGCUGAGGAAGCGAGUGGCCUCGGAUUCAUCAGAGAUAGAACCGAACCAAAUGCAGCUAUUAUGCUUGUAAACUCUUAACACUGACUUUAACAGGGAAUUUGUUGGAUGUCAUUUGUUAAGAUGUGGUUGGUGUUUAUUUACGUUGUAGAAGAAUUUAGUUGCC